UAUUUUCUUUAGAAAGGUCCCUCAGAUCCAAAUCUUUUCUUGGAAUUUGUGGAACGAGUUCGAAAUGCUCGCAAUCGUACAUUGCUGCAGGAAAUCGAAGAAAGUCUUAAACAAGUUCGGCUUUUAGAUGCUGAUGCUGAUGAAAAUGGUGGUAUUAUGGGCGAACGCAAAUGUGCUGCAAGUAAUGGUGUUACUCCCGAAGAUGAAACACCAGUUUCAACAAGUGUCCAUCAAUGUAUUAGUGCUGCUAAUCCGCCUGUGAUAGUGCAUUGUUCGGCUGGUAUUGGGCGUACGGGUGUUUUGAUACUAAUGGAUACAGCAUUAGCCUUGAUGGAGGCUCGGGAACCAGUCUAUCCGUUGGACAUUGUGCGUACAAUGCGUGAUCAAAGAGCUUGUAUGGUGCAAAAUGUGGUAUGUAAAUUAUGUGACAAUGAUUUGAAAACUAGUUUAAAGGAAUCAGCUGGUUUUGCUGACUGA